AUGCAAUUAGUAUUAGCUGCUAAAUAUAUUGGUGCUGCAAUAGCUACAAUCGGAUUAACAGGUGCAGGUAUUGGAAUCGCUAUCGUUUUCGCUGCAUUAAUUAACGGUACAUCAAGAAACCCUUCAUUAAGAAAUACAUUAUUCCCAUUUGCUAUUUUAGGGUUUGCCUUAUCAGAAGCAACAGGUUUAUUCUGUCUUAUGAUUUCCUUUUUAUUAUUAUAUGGUGUUUAA